AUGGCAUCUCUCAAGCCCAAGCUCUCUCUACGGCCCGCCUGUCGACCUGCCGAAUCAAUCGUGUUAUCAUUCGCAAGCCGGAGGUCGGGAAACUCAUACCUCGCGCUCACACCUGCCAGUGGUACCCCGCCAGGCCGAUGCCUCGGCACCCUCACACGACAAGAUACCAAGUCGAGACCUGCCUAUAACAUACCAGGACAGCCGCAGCCGCAGCUAUCUCGUGCAAGGAUGGAGGGUCACGGGAACACGCCCUCGAGACGACUACGGGCUAUAACAAGCCACAUCUCGCCCAGCCAGACCAGAUCACUCAGCCAAUCAGCCUCCACCCCUUCUGACAUCGACUUUUCAGCGCUGUCGAAGCUCCUACCGCACGAUGGCACCAAGGAGGGAGAUGCACUGUGGUAUGUCGUGGUGGCCGCGGCGCUGAUGGCGUUCCACCGGGAGGCAGCGGUGGGUGCACUGUGGGAACACAUCGUCUCUACCCAGCGGCCAUCGGAAGGAGAAAAGGCCGUGAUUGCACGCAGGAUCAGAGAGAGCUGUCUGAAAGCGAGUGUGCUUGUCGGAUUUCCGCGGGGGAUCAAUGCCCUCACAUCACUGCACGCUUCGCUGGCCAGACACACGCCUUCAACGCACGAGCUGCUGUCCACGGACUCGUCGCUGCGUAGUCCGGUCGAUGCAACGACGAAGCUGGAGCGAGGUACCGCGUUCUUCACCCGUCUGUACGCCGGCCACACGAGCAAGAUACUCGACAGCAUGUCUCGCAGCUCUGGCGGAGACCUGAGCUACUAUGCCCUGGCCAGCGUGUACGGCGAGCUCAUGGCCGAGACCCGGGUGGUGGAUGCGAUGGAGACGGUGGUGCUGGAGUUUGUGUGCUGUCUGGCGGACGACGUUGCACCGCAGGCCAAGGGACACUUCUUCGGCAGCCGGAACAUGGGAGCGUCGGGCAAGCAGAUCCAGGGCGCCGUGGCCAUCGUGCAGGAGCUGGCGAGGCAGGCUGGCGUGAGUGUGCCUGGAGCGGGGGACGAGUAUGCCUUCCUGGCGAAGGCUGAUUCAUGGUAG